UCCUUUCUGACUUUCCUCUCAGUUCUGGAGGACUUACAGCACUUGGCACAUUCUGCUUCAUCUCACAGGGAUGGGACCUUUCCCAACAGAGCGUGCUUUCCUUGAGAGCGGGAUGGUCCUCAGUCACAUCGACCUGACAGUGCCUAACGCAAGAUAACGUUCAGUGAGGAGUGAUCAGAAGCAGCAUUUUAAGAAAACUACGUAUGCAACUGUUUGCAGGAUGGACAGACACUGCACGACUGGCAAGAAGCAAGCCUUCUGUGAUUCAAUUUCAAGCCCUGAGGUCUUUGCAGAACUUUGAGGUUUCUGCAAUAACCUAUGUGAAUACAUGUGUCUGCUGGUGCCAACUGGCCCCACUUACACGCAUCUAUAGCCCUGUUAUCUUGUGUUCGUAAUUAUCAUUGUUGUAUAGCCCCUGGAGGAUGAGAAAUGCUGAAUGCCCUCGUAGCCAACUUUCCAAGUAUCCCACAGAGAGAAGUAUGAACAAAUCUUCACUUUAGGGAACAGAGAGGCCAUAAAUUUGACCACUACUGUAGGGACAGCAAAUAAGGAUACUGGGUUACCAGAUACCAGGCUCAGUUUAAAGGUUUAUGCCUGUGGGGCCAGAUGUCCUGUGGGCUGAGGUGGACUGGUCCUGUGACCAGGAUGGUGGUGAGAGACUAGUAGAUGGGAUGAAAGACCCUCCUCCCCAACAUCGGUUUCUAUCCCUCAGGCUCCUGAAAUUGCCUCAUUCUGUUGUAAAAGCUGAACAAUUUGGUGGAAUAAGGAGAUGAUCCUGAUAUCUGGCUCAUCUAACAACAUUUAGGACAAUGGCUUCAGUGGGGCCACCUGAAAGGACCUCAAGCCCCAGAGCACCUUACCGUUUUAAAGACCAUGGAAUACCAUAACAAAAGGGAUUCCUGUCCAUACAAUGGCGAGAGUGACUCUAAAUGAGUCAUGAAAACUUUCCCCCAAACCCACUUCUUAUGACACCCCUUGGACUCCUGGGUAGCCCAGCACUGGUUGGAAAUCAUGACAGAAGUUUGCUCCAGAACCAUGGGGCUUCCUGUUGUGCUGGGUCCUCUCUGGCACAGAUCCUGUCCCAGCCUUGCGAAGAUUAGAACCCAAAGCUUCUAAUUCUCAGACCAAUGCUCUUUGCACCAAAGUGCACAAUCCUAGAAUUUAGGAAUACUCAUUGCAUCUCCUCAGCCAUCAAUGACCAAGGAAGAACAGAACAGAACAGAACAGAACAGAAAUGGGUGAGGGGGUCAUACGUGAGGAAAUAAGGUCAGUCAUCCAACCAUUUUGGCUGCCCCCACUCCCACUAGCCUCCCUUGAUAACUCCCUGCCCUUCCUCCCCUUCAGCCUGGAGCAGCUCUGUUCUCUGUCCUACUCCUAAGCAAAACUUUCUCUCAGGAAAAGACUUGGCACCUUUCUUUAUACCUGAGGGCACAUUCUGUUCUUAUACCUCCCAGUUACUCUAUUACCAGUCUCAUCUUUACUAUGAAUUAUCAGGUGAAACAUCUUUGUCCCUCAAGGUGAAGAAAACAAUUUCAAGGAGUGGUUUUUCUCAGCACUUUCAGCACCUUAGCCUAUUUCUAACACAUACACACAAAGGAAGAGGAAAACGAGACAGCAGCAGAGGAGGAGGUGGAGGAGAGAAAGGAGAAAAAAAUUCACAGUGGGGGUGGAGGAGAGAGAGACAGGAAGACCCCCAACUGCUAAAAGAAAAACCCCAAUUCUGUGGUUUUCAAAGACCAUACAUCUCAGUAAUGAAGGCAUGAACAAUGACGGAAGUGGGAGAUGGGGUUUCAACAAGAAUAAAUAACAAGUUAAGGACUGAGAGCUCAUUCGAAGUGCUUUCACCAGAGCCCCCAGCCUGAGAGCAGGAAAGAAGAACUUCUGUCCUGAGGAAAGUGAGGCCAAGGACAUCAGCAGAGCCAACAUUUGCUUCGAGUUCCUGGAGCCGCUGACAAUGUGCAGGACACUGAUGGCACCUGGCGGAGGCUGCUUUGCCCUGGCCAUUCUGCUGGCAAUUGUGAACAUCCAGCUUGGUGGAUGCAUGCACAUCCUCAGCUCAGUUUCCCAGGAAGAAAAGCGACUAAGCUUAAUCUGUACUGUGUGGUCUAAGAAAGAAGAGGCUGAGGGGGUUAUAGUGUUUUUGUGCAAGGACAGGGGUUCAGACUGUUCCCCUGAGACCAGCCUGGAGCAACUGAGACUUAAACGGUAUUCUGGGACAGAUGGUGUCAGUGAAAUAUCAUCUCAGUUGGUGUUUACCAUAAACCAAACCACGCCGACAGAUAGUGGGACCUACCAGUGUUGUGCCAGAAGCCAGAAGUCAGAUAUCCACCUUCAGGGGCAUUUUCUCUCCGUUUCAGUCACAGGUGGGAUGCCACCACAGCAUGGCUUGAUGAGCAGUAUGUAGGUCCGCGCCUAGGA